UAGGACCGCGCGGAAUGCCCUCUGGCAGGGACGCAGUCUGUCCUCACGGGGACUCCUCUUCGCCUCCGCGCGGUGAUUGGGUGGAAGAUGGCGCUGGGCGAAUGGAAAUCCUAAUGACAGUUUCCAAAUUUGCCUCUUUUUGUACCAUGGGCGCCAAUGCCUCCGCUUUGGAGAAAGAGAUCGGCUCGGAGCAGUUUCCUGUCAACGAGCAUUACUUUGGAUUGGUCAACUUUGGAAACACCUGCUACUGUAAUUCUGUGCUCCAGGCACUGUACUUCUGCCGGCCGUUCCGGGAGAAGAUCCUCGCCUACAGAAGCCAGCCACGACGCAAGGAGAACCUGCUCACCUGCCUGGCUGAUCUUUUCCACAGUAUAGCUAACCAGAAGAGGAAAGUAGGGGUUAUACCCCCUAAAAAGUUCAUCACGAGACUACGGAAAGAGAAUGAAUUGUUCGAUAAUUACAUGCAGCAAGAUGCACAUGAGUUUCUGAACUACCUGCUGAACACUAUAGCAGACCUGCUACAAGAAGAGCGCAAGCAAGAUAAACAGAACGGCAAACUGGCCAAUGGUACACUUGAUUCACAGAACAAUAACAGUACCCCACCCUCCUCCACCUGGGUUCAUGAGAUCUUCCAGGGCACGUUGACCAAUGAGACGCGAUGCCUAACGUGUGAAACGAUAAGCAGUAAAGAUGAGGAUUUCUUGGAUUUGUCAGUGGAUGUUGAGCAGAAUACUUCAAUCACACAUUGUCUCAGAGGUUUUAGUAAUACAGAGACGUUGUGCAGCGAGUAUAAAUAUUACUGUGAGGAAUGCAGAAGUAAACAGGAGGCACACAAACGGAUGCGGGUUAAAAAACUUCCCAUGAUCCUCGCUUUGCACUUGAAGAGAUUUAAAUACAUGGAACAACUGCAACGCUACACUAAGCUAAGCUACCGUGUGGUCUUCCCUCUGGAGCUCCGCCUCUUUAACACAUCUGGAGACGCCACCAAUCCCGAGAGGCUUUAUGAUCUGGUCGCUGUGGUGGUGCAUUGUGGCAGCGGUCCAAAUCGGGGACACUACAUUGCUAUUGUAAAGAGUCAUGAUUUUUGGCUGCUGUUUGAUGAUGACAUCGUAGAGAAAAUUGAUGCCCAGGCGAUUGAGGAGUUCUAUGGAUUAACCUCGGAAAUCUCCAAGAACUCAGAAUCCGGGUACAUCCUGUUUUACCAGUCCAGAGACUGAGAGAGACCAGAGGGGCGUCCGAUUAUGGACACCUGUGCGACAAGCGUGCCUGUUUGCAAUACCCUGCUGCAUACCACCCGUGCAGGUUCUUUACUGCAGCGGCACCUUACACACCCCACCCGUCCAAGCCCUCCCUCGCCGGUCUCGAUGCAGCAGUUAUGUUGGGCAUGAUUCAGUCGGAAGGCCUUUUGAACGUUGUCUGUCAGUUGUAUUUUCGUUGUGGGAGCAUUUUAUCACUCGUGUUAAGUCCUUUACUGUAGAGAGAAUGUGUUUUAAUGUCAGACUGUAGGAUUUGACGGGGAUUUGCAUCAACAUUCAAGCUGCAACCUUGUGAUUCCUGCGGCUGUGAGGAGGCUGAAGACUUGUGCAUGGGGGAAAGGGGUGUGUUUAUUAUAAUGAGGGGAGGGGUCUACACGCUCCAGGUGUGGGGCACUGCGGGUUAUGUAUUUCUACCUUGUACAGAGUGAUAUUUGUAUAAAUAUUAUGAGAAUUAUAAUAAUAUUACUGAUAUAGCCAAAAAAGAGGAUAGAACCAGAAAAGAUGUAUAACACUAUGGUGCACUUUUGAUACAGUUUUGUAGAUGUUGGCAGGUUAAUGUGAGGGUUUGCUUGAGAUGGCCUGUUGUGAAAUUAUCAUUUUCUGUUUUAAAGAAAAAGAAAUAAAAGUGUAUACACCAAGAAAGGAUGUAUGCAUGCAAGCAUGUAAAUAUGUGCUAUUACCAGCCUGCUGCGAUUUGAUUGGACACCUUUUCUUAGAAUGAACCUUCUCUCUUGAUGACUCAUUUUUGGUCACUGUGGCCCCUCAGUGGCCAAUGCGGAUUACUGCAAGAUUCAUACAGCAUCACUCAUGCUUUACCAAUUGCACUUGCAGCUU